UAAUAAAGCUCCGAAUGCCCUUGAAAUCUUCCCAUUCGUAUUCAGGUUCUCAUCAGAUCCACACGAAGCUGUAUUCUUGCGCUUUUCUGCACUCCUGAGACACUAAAAGUCAGUCAACAUGUCUAAGAUUGGAAUCAACGGAUUUGGCCGCAUCGGUCGCCUGGUUCUCCGCGCUGCUGUGGAGAAGGGCGCCCAGGUUGUGGCUGUAAACGAUCCCUUCAUUGGCCUGGACUACAUGGUGUACCUCUUCAAGUUCGACUCCACCCACGGACGCUUCAAGGGUACCGUGUCAGCCGAAGGAGGCAAGCUGGUCGUGAACGGCCAGCAGAUCACUGUCUUCCAGGAGCGCGAUCCGGCCACGAUCAACUGGGCCAGCGCUGGCGCUGAAUACGUGGUGGAGUCCACGGGUGUGUUCACGACCAUCGAGAAGGCAUCUGCCCACUUGCAGGGUGGCGCCAAGAAGGUCAUUAUCUCCGCGCCCAGCGCCGAUGCCCCCAUGUUCGUGGUGGGCGUCAAUCUGGAUGCGUACACGCCCGAUCUGAAGGUGGUCUCGAAUGCUUCGUGCACCACCAACUGCUUAGCUCCGCUGGCUAAGGUAGUCCACGAUAACUUCGAGAUCGUCGAGGGCCUGAUGACCACCGUGCAUGCCACCACGGCCACGCAGAAGACUGUGGAUGGACCGUCCGGAAAGCUGUGGCGCGACGGACGCGGUGCCCAGCAGAACAUCAUCCCGGCCGCCACUGGAGCUGCCAAGGCUGUUGGCAAAGUCAUCCCGGCGCUCAAUGGGAAGCUGACGGGCAUGGCUUUCCGUGUGCCGGUGGCCAACGUGUCGGUGGUGGAUCUGACGGUGCGCCUGGGCAAGCCGGCCAGCUACGAUGCCAUCAAGGCUAAGGUGCGUGAGGCUGCAGAGGGACCGCUCAAGGGCGUGUUGGGCUACACUGAGGAAGAAGUGGUGUCCUCCGACUUCAUCGGCGAUUGCCAGUCUUCCAUCUUCGACGCCAAGGCCGGCAUCUCCCUGAACGACAACUUCGUGAAGCUCAUCUCGUGGUAUGACAACGAGUUUGGCUACUCCAACCGUGUCGUUGACCUCAUCAAGUUCAUGCAGUCAAAGGAUUAGAAAGCGCCACUCUUCCCAACAACCGGUGCCAAGCAUCACAAUGGUUGAUUCGUUCGCAUAAGAAAAGAAGGAAAAAAAAACAAUGUUAUUUGGCCCUCAAUGUAGAGCUAGUCAGCGGAAACACAUCAUUUUGGAUGAUUUUGUGUCAUUUUUAUUACACACAAUUAAUUGUAAUAAUCUCAGAAAUUUGAGAAUAAAUUGUGAAAUUCAAAUUUCAA